AAGAAGACAAAACAAAAUAUCAACAUCAGUUUCGCUUUCACGACAAUGUAAAUUGAUAUUUAUUUUCACUUAACAUUACAUCCCUAUUCUGAUGUCGUACGGAGGUAUCGUCAAUAUCGAUUUUUAGCAACCGGUCUUUGCACCUGUGAUCGAUGUUACUAUGCGAAGCAACUCUGUAUUGUAUCACAACAACAAAACUAUACAUACGGAAGCGAAUGCAUUCAGUUGCGUAUUUUACGGGAGUGUCUUAAUUUUUGGUAUUGUUUUAUUUGAUUUUUGUGCAACCAAAAAGAUUCGCAAAGUGUUAAAUAUAAUUGGGAUAUUGUAAAAAUGAAAUAAAUUAUGAGGAAUUGUGCAAAAAAUAUGGAAAAUUGAGUACGUUCUCUGAAUAAAUUUAUUAGAAAAAACGGUGCGCAAAGCAAAAGGCGGCGAACAGAAACGCAAAGUAAAAGCAACGUUCGUUCAUUCGGUGAUUGGAACCACCGUUCAUCGUGGCUGGCAAUUUACAUUUCGAUUGAGUCGUACUUCGGGCUUUAAUUUUUUUCUAUUUACAAUUAAUUAUACAAAAAUAAUGUAGUCGAAACUAAGCGCUUUACGUUAAUUAGCACAACAAAUAAAUCCAACGAGAUGCAGAGUGCGACGUGGAAAAGAUGCAGGGCCAACAGCAACCAGUGACAUUGUGAAUUCAAAAACGAAAUUUACAAGCGAGUAAUUUGGUGCAUACCUAGAGUACAUUAAAAAAAGUUGUAAAGAAAAAAAAUUAAAUUAAAUUGAAAUAACUGCUAAUAAAGCAUAACCGAGAUUGUUAGGAGCCUAGUGAAAUGAGUGUAUUCAACGAUUUUCAAAGAUUGUGGAUGCAACGCUUUCCACAAAGCUCACUAUCGGAUGCAUGGGAGCAAGAUGUACGCGCCAGUCUAGACCGUCACAAGCAGAAAAUCGUUGAACUAACAAAAGAGUUGGAGCAAGAACAAUUGUAUGUUGAGUACUUAGAACGACUACUGUCCGAUGUAGAAAAAUUUCGUGAAUCUGGUGGUGAUCCGACAUCAUUAUUUGAAGCUGCUACCACCUCCAGUGGAGUGUUGCAGGCGGGCAAUGAAGAGCAUCAACUUAGCGGCGAGAAUGUUGGUGGUGAUAAUAUAUCGAAAUCUAGUUUUAAUUUGCGCGAAGCAAACAAUGAAAACAAAGAUAAAAACAACCGAUUAUCGCUAAAUACUGAUAACAAAUAUGUUGAGUCCGGCGAUGGAAACGCUGGUGGUAGCAGUGUGAACGCUGGCGGUGUUUCUAAGACAAACGCCAAAGCGGUUGAAAGCAACACCGGCACUGGAAAACAAAGUUUUGAUCAAGAAGACAAGGAUGUGGGCACCGAAAAGGAUACUCGUCAACAAAACGAGAAUGGUGCUUUGCAUCAGUGUAUAAAUGAGUUGGCAGCCUCUUUUGGCAAUAAUUCCAACAGUGGUGACGUUGAAUCUGGCCGUCACUUGGCUUUGGAAAAUAUCAAAGAAAUGGAACCUACUGGCGAUGCUGACAAGAAACCACUCAAGUCACAAUCACAGAAGACAUCCCAUUUCGUUACUGUAAUUGAGGUUAAGGAGAGCAAGUCAGGCAUGGAUGCCGAACUGGAUAGUGGAGUAGAGGGCUGCGAGUCAGCGCCGAAUAAUGCAACGCCCACUCUAAGCAGUUUUGAUCGCAAAGCUUCAAGUAAAGUUGAACCUACAGCGCCGCCAUUGUCUCCCGCACUAACAUCACCUUUAAUGUCAGCUUCAACGUAUGCGGCACACGCGGAGGCUAAAAAGAAGAUGCCACCAAGACCACCUCCCAAGGUUUUUCGACGUGUCGAGCCGCCUACUAUACCGGGCCAACUUUCGUCAUCUCCAAAACGUGACACACCCUUUUCAGGUAGUAAUAUGCCUUUACCCAAUACAUCGGGCCACUUGUCUUCAUCCGAAAGUCCUGGCAACUCGCUUGAGCGGAAUGUAAAACCUUCGGCUAUUCUGCGCCAAAAAUCACCCGAAUCAAUGGAAGCCAAAGCCUAUGCAAACAAUAGGAAAACUACACCAGAAUUGGGCAAAUUCAAUCCACCAGAAUUAAUGGAAGAAUUAGGACGUAAAGUUGGCAAAUCCGAAAGUCUUGAAAAGACUAAACGUACAGAUAUGACGGCAACACAAAGCCCAACUGGUAGUUUGGGUCGAGCAGAAUCCACACAAAGCCGCAAUCUAACUGGUGGACGAACCAGCGGUACAGGUGUUGGUGCAUCACCUACAGGCAGCUUGAAUAAACCUUCCAAACUAGCGAUGACAGAUAGUUCAUCGACUAAUAGCUUAGAAAAGAAAUCACGCCCCUCACUGGCUGCCGACGCUGAAAGUGGACAAGGCCAGAUCGUAGGCUCAAAGGAAUCGUUGGCAUCUCAAGGCAUAUCCGAAAUUAUCAAAAGCUAUGAAUCAGUUUCAUCAUUGGGCUCCGAUUGCACAAAAGCUGCACAACACUUAGACAAUGAACCAUAUUACGACACAGUGCCGCUGGAUAACGGCGAUGGUGAAUAUGUUUACAUUAAGCCCGGCGGCAACGGUUCGUCAUCUAGUCGCGAUGAUCUUUCUACACCUGGAAGCACGCUGCCAAUCGGGUCCGCGACACAUCUCAGCAGUCAAGCUAGUGUAACAGAUCCCGAAUCACCAGGCCGCAGCUCAAAUUAUGUGAACAUUGAUUAUUUUCUACAUCAAAGUAAUGAAACACGUUCAAGUUCUCUAGAUAGUGAUGGUGAAUAUGAUGGUCCGCCAAUAAUGCGAACAAUCUCUCAUGAUGAACAAAACUCACAAACGCCCAGUGCUUUAAGGAAGCAGAAUUUAGUAUCCGCAAUACUAGUCUCUGGCAACGCACGUGGCGCUAAAAUACGCUCCAUAUUGAGCAGUAUUAUACAAAGUGAAACCAUUUAUGUGGAAUGUCUAAAUAAAAUGAUACAGUAUAAGAGAGCAAUACACGCAACACUCGGCACAUCCCAGCCUGUGAUUAAGGAGGAGGAAGAAAACACGAUUUUCUUUAAUAUCGACGAGCUCUACGAAGUGCAUACACGAUUUCUAAAUGAUUUAAAAACAAUUGUAGCGCACGAAGGUGGAGACGUUCUAAUCGGUGAGCCGUUUAAACGUCUCGCCGAUAACUUCAGCUUAUAUAGUGCUUUCCUGCAUAACUAUGGACAGGCCAUUGAAACUGUGAAGAAAUGCAGCGCUAAUAAUCCUCAAUUCAAACAGAUCGUCUCAACAAUCGUUGUGAAUCUACAUACCGAACAAUCGCUUACGCUGGAGGAUUUAUUACAUAAGCCGGUGGCUCGUGUACAAAUCAAUGCUUUGGUUUUUAACGAUUUGUUGCGCGAAACGCCACCCAAUCAUCCUGAUCAUCAGCCUUUGCGCCAAGCUCACAAAACCAUACACCUGUUUCUGAAGCAAUUCAAUGUUGUCAAUCAACGUUUGCCUACCGAAUCGAAUAAAAAUCUGCGUCGAAUGGUUAAAAAUUCGUUCAUUGUUGAACUGGUGGAUGGUCAUCGUAAAUUGCGGCAUCUCUUCCUAUUCAAUGAUGUUAUCGCUUGCGCUAAGUACAAGGCGUCGGGACGUGAUCGCAUUGAUUAUGAACUUAAAUGGUUUAUACCGUUGAAGGAUGUCGUAGUGUUCGAAGAGGCAGAUGCAACCGCUGACCUCAAGGAGUCUAGUCCUGCAAAUAUAUUGCAAUUGAAGACACAAGCCUGUACAGUACGUGAUCAAUUAUUACUUGAAGAGAAGGAUGAUAAAGGACGAAAGUCGAAUGGAUUGCGAUCAGGUGAUAAAUAUCGGCGCAAAUUGGCCGACUUAGAGUCACAAUUGGUAUUGGCCUCUCCAAAUUUAGUCUUCCGCAUUGCCAAUAAAGCUACUAACAAGACGAUAACGUUCUUUUUGAGUUCAGAUUUCGAGCGUACCCAGUGGAUUGAGUCAAUCUUAUCACUGAAGCAAACAUGUAAUAUACCUGGUGCAAAUACUAUAAACGCAUUGGAAGUGCAUGCUUUUAUCGUUGCCAUGCAAAAGGGUAUGAAAACUGAAAUGGGUUCAUAUCUAAUGCGCAACACCAACGACGAAAGUCUGUUAGUAGGCGAUCUGCAUAUGACAGUGCAUGGCUUGACUGGUCUCGAUCAACCUGCCGAUUUGUAUAUUUGUAUAGAAGUGGAUUCUUAUGGACAUUACUUCCGGAAAGCUACGACAAAGAUGGUUUGUCGCAGCAUAAGCCCACUGUGGAACGAAAGUUUCGUAUUGGAACUAGAAGGCAGCCAGAAUGUCCGAAUACUUUUAUAUGAAGCUCACGAACGACCAAAAUUACGCGCUAAGCAUGUGCUAAAACUCAGUCGCAGUUGGCUGCAAGAGACGCCUAUGUCGCGCAUACUAAAACUUGGAGAGACAAUAACGCUGAAUACUACACUUCGGUUUGUGCCCGGCGAAGUGACACUACGACGUGUACCAACAUCUAAACCGGGAGCUCUCUUCGGUGCCAAAAUGAGUCAGAUUUUAAAGCGUGAGAAGCGUGACAUUCCAUUUAUAAUCAGUGCCUGCAUACGGGAAGUAGAACGACGUGGCAUGUCUGAAGUGGGUAUUUACCGCGUGAGUGGUUCUGCUUCUGAUUUGGCCAAAUUGAAGAAAUCUUUUGAAACAAAUGCCUAUGAAGCCGAGCAACUACUAAAAGAUGUGGAUAUACAUUCAGUUACUGGUAUUCUGAAGUCAUAUCUGCGCGAGUUGCCUGAAGCAUUAUUCACAGAUGCUCUCUAUCCGAAAUUUUUUGAAACGUUCAGUGCAUUUAGUAACAACAACGAAGCAGCACGCAUAAACGAACUCUUAAAAGUAUUUGAAGAAUUGCCACCAGCAAACAAAGCAUCCAUAAGUCAUAUUUUAGAUCAUUUAAUUAGAGUGCACCAUCAGGAAACGGACAAUAAAAUGUCGCUGCAUAACCUAGCAAUGGUAUUCGGUCCCACGUUAUUACGACCCGGACAAACGCAAGCCAAACAGAAAGACCUAUUAGCUUCUAGUACUGUGGACGUAAUGGCACAAGCAGGAAUACUCUAUUGUUUCCUGCAGGCGCGCAUCAAAAAGGAUUAAAUUUUACAAUCAUAAGCAAACUGACAGUGAUUUAAAUGGAAAAUGAAAAUCAGAUAUGUUGUAUAAUGCAUAUAUUUUUGUAGCGAGCAAAACGCCUUUGUAUGCAUACGCAUAAACUGCGUCAGAGGAAUUAUUCUUAUAACUACGUAGCUUCCAUUGUAUGUAUAUGCAAAACAAAAGUCGACACUUAGCUGCAUUAAAGCGGCAUAUGAGUAGAUGAGCAAUCAGAUUGAGGAAAUAAACAUGCUUAUUAAAGUUAGAUCUCCACAAUUUUGUAAUUUAUGAGUAGAAAUAUCCCUCAAAUGUGUGUAAAGCAGUUUGAAAAUGUGAGAGAAAAGUGCCGCAGAAAUAUAAUUUUUAUAAUGGAUACGUAUACAACAUUAAAAAAGGAAACAAAAAAAUCAUAAAGAAAGUAUUGAUUCAAAUGCACUUUAACACUGCUGCAAAUAAUAAAAUAAUAAAUAUAUUUAUCUACAUGCUCCACACCAUAGACUUUGCACAGCUUAAACCAUGUAUUACGGAUGCUAUUUAGAACUUGUCCGUUUACAAUAUCAAUAUACAUACAUACAACAGAAUCUAUAUACACACUAAUACUUAAAACACAAAAAUUUAGCUGCUCAACAAGCAUUUCGUAAUGUUUAUGAAUAUUAUUAAUAUUUUUUGCAUUUUAAUCUAUUUGAAAAAAUAUACGCUGGAUACCCAAUAUUUAAUACAUGAAAACAAAAGCAGUUAGUUCAGAGUGAAUAGAUGAAAUUUUCGCGGUUGCUAAAUUUGUUAAGUUCAUAAAAAUCAUAAAUAUUGAUACGCGCAAGCUCCGUAGUUUUUUCUAUGUAAUUAAAUGUGGCUUGUAAUCCUAGUUUUGAUUUUUGUUAUUAAAUUUUCUUACCAAUCACUGCCUAUCGAGUGCUUCUUGGCUUACCUGUUUCAACUAUUUAAAAUGAGUUACAACUUUUUAACUGAAAUAUCCAAUAGGUCCAAAAUAGAAAAUAUUGAUGCACCGACCAGCAUGGAAAAGUAAAGUAAAAAAUUGUUUCAGUUUAAAUUGGGAACAUGUUUCGGGAGCUGAUUAAUGGUAGAAUGAUUUAUCGAAUUAUAGAAAUGUUGUUAUUUUACGCAGGGAAAGUGAAUAAAAGAUGCUCAAAAAAUAGUCAAACUAUGUUAUCAAUUUAUGGAAAUAAUGAUUCAAGCUGCAUUUACAUAUUGAAAGUACUGUAUUUUGUUGUCUUUUGUGAAACUAAUACUACUUAUUAGUUUUUUUUCUUUUUUUCACAAAUUCAGCGAUUUUGAAUGUUGCCAUAUUAGAUUGUUUAAAUAUUUCAAUGUCUAUGCAUACAUCUUCACUUCAGCCAAUAGUUGACCCGAUAACUAAUUUUACUCGACACUAGCUGCUUUUUAUCUAACACUUCCACAUUUUCGGUAAUCAUCUAGCGUAAUUAGUUUGCAAUAAAUUUAAGCGUUAAAUGUACUACAAUGACUUAGUCUGUGGUCAUUCAUAAUUACCUUAUAAUGUUUACUUAUCGAACCUUUAAAGGUUGCGAAGAAAUAAAGAAAAAUGACGUAGGCUAAAACAAUUUAAUUUAUUUUUUACCUUUAUGUAAAAUUAUAUAAUGCUUAUUUACUACAUAUAUUAUAGUUUAUCAACAUACGAACAUACGUAUUUUGUAGUGCAGUUAUACAAAAAUAUAUUAUUAUUAUUAUUAAA